AGAGCGUGAAACAACAAUACUGAAGUGAAACCGUCUCCCAGCCUGUUUCCUUCAGCUGCUUUCCUCCUCGACCCGCCGCCACCAUGAUGCGCAUCGCUCCACUUGUUACUCUCAUCUGCAUAUCAUCACUCCUGAGCUGCACCGCAGCAGCAGCCUCGGUUCUCUGCACGUGGACUAAAGUUUCUGCUAACGGAGAAAUGCACUACAGUUUUCUCCGUAGCGACCCGCAGCAGACCCCUCCAUCUCUGCGGCUGUACCACACCGCCUGGUCCGGAGAGCGCGCUCUGCUUGGCUGCACUUGGAGCGACGACACAGCGGUGACCCAGAACUAUUUGUCUCUGUGCCGGGAGCGCGCGCGGGGCUUUUCAGAGCAUCCGAAUGAAAAUGUCCAUUUGGACUCCGUGUUAGAGACAGAAGGGCUGUGCGUCUCCCUGGCGUCUCUCGGGGAACCCACAGGAAAGAGGUCGGUGAGGAGUGUUCUUGUUCAAGGUCAAGAUGAGAGGUCAGAGGUCAGCAUACAUAAGCGUGUAAAGCGCGGUUUUAUUGUACCCGGGACUCUCUGGUGCGGCUCUGGCAACAAGGCACCCUCAUAUUCAAAUCUGGGAGUGUUUUCAGAGACCGACCGUUGCUGCCGGGAGCACGAUCAGUGCAGACACACCAUUCUGUCCUUUCACUCAGAGUUUGGCAUUUUCAACAGCAACAUCUUCACCAUGUCUCAUUGUGACUGUGACAACAAGUUUCGAAGUUGUUUGGUGGAGGCGAAUGACGGCAUAGCUGAUGUAGUGGGAUAUACCUUCUUUAACCUGCUGAAGAUGCACUGCUUUACAUUCUCCCAUCGGCUUCAGUGUACACAGAGAAACUGGUUUGGAAUGUGUAAGGAGACUAAAAUGGCUCUGUAUGCUGAGGUUCAUUCACCCAUAUUGUACAAAUCUAAGCCAACAGAUGAAAGCAUGAACAGCUCUGUGAUCAACUCUACCACACCUGCAGAACUCCUAGAGAAUAGCACUUCAGAUUUACAGCUUUCCUCCAAUACUGCUGCUGCAUUCACAGUCCCUACACCCUUUGCCCCCAUCAUUCCUCUUACUAACGCUACAACAUACACAGGCAGUAAUGCAACAGAGACACCUUUGGGAUCUGUUUCUGACAGAAGAGAAAAUCUGGAGAACAUUGUACCAACCAAAAAUCAUACUGUGACUGAAGUAGGCCGUGAUAUCACAGCAAUGUCAUGUGGUAUCUAUAAGGAUAUCGAUGAGUGUAGGGACAAGAUCCCAUCCCAGCAUGAGAAAUAUGGCUUCUACAACCAGGAGCCAAAGACACUUUACCACUGCAACUGUACUGUCAGAAUAUUCCAGACUUUGGCUAAACAGAGACAACUGACCAAAAUGCAAGCUCAUCUUCUGGGACAUGUGUCUCAGUCCUGCUUCCUGCUUGAGGAAUGCACGGCAGACAGCAACUGUACACUAGUCGUGGUAAAAGCCGAGCUUCCUCAGCAGGAUCAGUGGACCAACGUAGCAGUGGAGGAGCAACACCAUCUACAGGCAGUACAACUGAACCUCAGGAGGCCAAACCCAAGGAGAGCUAAGAGAAAAGACAGAGAAGUGAGGCUCCACAAACUGUGUCUGAGAUUGACCCGACGCAGACAAAUAAAGAAGAAGAGAAAAAAUGUCUAAAGGGAAAAAACCUUGUCCUAAUGUUCAAUAUUAUAUAUAUUAUAUACGUAAGACACUAUGAAAUCUGUUUUCAUAUGGAUUAGCAAAAUUUUUUUCUGUUCAUUUCCUGAUGAAUCUUCUUCACAGUCAGUCUCUCUUAUGGAAAGCUUUAUUUUUCUUUACACUCAAGUCUUUCUGUCAAUAAUGACUAACAGGACAACGUCAACUCUCGUUUGAUGUUCUAAGGCCUGCACAGAUCAUGUUAAUUUAAUUUAAUUAAUUUUUAGAUCAGCAAUACAAGCUUAGAAGAUUUAUUUCCACUGACUUUAUACUAUUUAGGCAAAACCUACAGAGAAGGAAAUGUUAAAUGUAUGUGUGUGUGUGUAUAAUAUAUGUAAUAUUAUACACAUCUUUUUUUUGUUACAAUUCUUUAUUUAUUAUCCAAUACUGAAAACUUUGGAUUACUAUGAAAUAUUGUACUGUGUAUUUAUGGCGUCUACUAUAUGGGAUGUUGUGGAGGUUGUACCUAAGGAACAAAAUGGCCUUGUUGAGGACAAGAUAAACUUAUUCCUAAAGUGUAACAGAAAUGUUGGUAGGUCUUAGCAGGACACCAUAGUUUUUACUAACUAACAUUCAAUAAGAAGAGCAUUUUAUUGAGGUGUGCAAGUUCAAGAGCCAGCUGUAAUAAUCCAUACUGGCAAACUAUAAUGACUCACUGCAGUAACUCAAUUCAGCUGACCCAUUGUUAAAAUGAUUAGUAACACAUGUGCUUUUCCUGAGAUGACAGAUGGAGAUAUCUGCCAUUAAAACACAUCUCAUUAAAAAGGAGGAGCUUUGGCUGUCCUGGAAGAAAGGUUACUGUUGACCUCAGUAUUCACAGAAUAAAAUCAUGGUUGCAGUUCUGUACCCUAUACUGUAGAUGCGUUUUAUAUUCAUAUUUCAGCACAUGUGUAGCCUAUUUGUAAGUAUUUGCACUGUACUGUAUGAGUUGCAAAAUGCUGCAAAUUAUGUUGUAAGUAAAGCCAUG